AUGAAAAGACUAAGGGGCAGCAGACAACAGCCUGACGCCUUCCCCAGUUCUCUGACCCGACCUGGGCCCACAGAGCCUGGAGAACUGGAACAUUGCAAAGACGUGAUAGUGCAAAAACUAGAGGAGGGAAGGGGAGGCAAAAAGAGUGCCGUGCUCUUUACGAGCGGUCAAAUAAUGGCUGAGCCCAACGACCGUGUUGUCGAUUUCAGAAACGCCGUCGGUGAGGCUGGGGCAUCUUUUGAGCAUCUUUUGCGCGGGGAAGGCUAUAGAGAUGGACUACAGGCUGGCAAAGCAGUUGCCCUUCAACAAGGCUUCAAUCAAGGUUAUAAAGAAGGUGCAGAAGUCAUUAUAAACUAUGGACAACUCAGAGGAACACUGAGUGCUUUGCUCUCCUGGUGUCACCUUCAUGAUAACAGUUCGGCUUUGAUCAGUAAAAUAAAUAACCUUCUGGAUGCAGUUGGCCAUUGUGAAGAGUAUGUGCUCAAACAUCUGAAAUCAAUCACCCCACAGCCGCAUGUUGUAGAUUUAUUGGACUCCAUUCAGGACAUGGACCUUUGUCAUGUAUCUCCAGCUGAGAAAAAGAUUUAUGAAGCUGAAGAUGAAAGACUCUGUGAAAAUAAUGCUGAGUUUAACAAAAGCUGUAGCAAUAGUCUUAGUGGGGUAGAUUGUUCAUCUUUAGAAUGUUGUAGAACACAGGAGCAUACACAUUCUGAAAACCCAAGCCUGCCUUGGAUUUUAGAGCAGACAGCUAGUUUGGUAAAACAGCUGGGAGUAUCAGUAGACAUAUUACAGCACCUCAAACAACUAUGAAAAUUAUCUUCACUUUUCUGGUGAAAAUAAUGUUCAGAACAUUCCUUGGAGCAUUUUGUUUCUUAACAAGUUUACCAAAAUUUGUACUGGUUUCUACAUUGAACACUUCACUAGCCUUUGUGGAAGUUUGAAACAUCUUCAGAAUUAACACUAUUAAAUGUAAUAUAAGCCUUUUUUCUCUGUCACUGGUAAUUUUUAUGAAGUUUAUGAUAUGCUCAGAAAUUCCAGUUAUCGUUGUCAUUUCCAGAUUUCUGAUCAAAACCAUUUUCAGACUCACUAGCAAAAGUGAAUCAAACAUUUUGUAAGGGCUUAACCCUGCUUUUUGCUCUAUCACCAUCAGUUAGUUAGGACCUCACUUCCAGCUAGUCAGACCAAGGUUACCAAAUAUAAUGGCUAACAUCGUAAAUAUAUAAACACACAUAGAUUUGUAGAUAAUAUAUUGAAAAUAAGAGGCCAUAAGCAUAAAAAACUGAAGAUGUUUUUAUACUGAUGAUUAAAAACAUGCUAUAAAUACUAAAAUUGAUUUUAGUUUAGUGUUAAUUAAAAGUAAAAACAUACAAUUCCUUGAAAAAUACAGAAAAUAACUUAUUUUCUACUCUUUUUAAAAUCAAUGAUUCUUUGCAGCAUUUUCUCUAUUGAGGGCAAUUUAAAAGAUAUAGAGUAUCAAAAAGGACAACUCUGUCAUGCUCUUAGCUCCAUGUGCCAUUUGACCACUUGGCUCUGAAAUAUGCCAUUACUGCUAUGGAAUCUUAGCAGGUAUUCGAUGUUGGUGCUGAGGCCACCAACAUUUUUUGUGAUUGAUAGGAACUGGGCAACUAAAUUCCCCUACCUGCAUCCUUAUUUCAUUUAUAUCCUAACCCAGCUUACUUACUGCUUUGUGGUAAACCAAAAUGAAAGCUUUGAACCAAAUCCAAGUUAUGGUCCUCACCCAUCUUCAAACUAAAAUUAAAGGUUUGUGUUCCAGUCUGAGACUGAAGAUAUAUUAAUAUAUAUAGGAAUAGAGUCUAACUUAAUUCUAAGUCUUAUUCUUAAUUUCAGACCAGUGGAUGAAGUAAAUAUCAUAUGCUAUGUUAAUAAACCACCAAUCAGACUUCUUGCUCUGCAGAAAUUCUCCAAGCUCCGUCAUGCAGAUACUUCACGAUCAUAGUUGGCUCGCUACUGCCUUUCCCCAGCAAUCUGACUCCUCUUCCUCAUUCCUGGCUGUUCUGCCCAGAAUACUGGAAGAGGAGUCUUGUCACGGUCUCAGCUUGUUUUCUUCCCAUUCAUACUCCUCAGCUUCAAACUGCUUUUGGCUAAGGUCACUGAUGGCCAAAGUCACACAACUGCCCCUGACUUGUUUUAGUUCUGUCACAUGUCCCCAUCACUGGACAUGAACCAUCUCUACUUUUAUAAUCCUUCCUUCUACAGCAGCACUUUUUCUUACUAUUACUACUUAUUUCUACUGCACCAGUUAUACACUUGAAUUUUUCUAGGCCCAAGCAACAUUGUCAUUCUGAUCUCUCAUCCUGCCUCCUGCUCCCCGAACACUCCACACUUUUUUAUGGAUGAUGCUGUAAUAUUUUAUGGACAAUUCCCAACGUGCAAUAUUGCUCAUUCCUGACCGUUCUGCCCAGAAUACUUUCCCACAUCCCUCCUUACCAGAAAAGUCCUAUUUAUCCUUCAGUUACAGCUCAGAUUUCAGCUUUGUCAGUUAGUUGCUCUUCCCAGUGUUCCCUCUGCGUUUUGAGAAUCUCAGACUUCAUUUUUUUUUUCUUUAAGAAAGUGCCUUAUUGAUUGUUACAUCACCAGUACUUAGCACCAUACCCUGUACAUAGAUGCAUAGGUGGUAUUUGGUGAGAUAAAAAAUAUUUAAAUGCAUCUACCAAUGAAAAUCAGAAAUUUAGAUUCCAAAAUGCAUCAUGUUAUAUUUUUUAUUUUAAAAAGCAAACCACUUUUUUUUUGCCUUUUUUUUAAUGUUUCUUUUCAUUUUGCAUGUUAAUAAAAGUCCAUAUCUACAAA